AUGGGCAGAUCUCCUUGCUGCGAGAAGGAACACAUGAACAAAGGUGCUUGGACUAAAGAAGAAGACGAGAGGCUCGUCUCUUACAUCAAUUCUCACGGUGAAGGUUGUUGGCGAUCUCUCCCUAGAGCCGCCGGUCUUCUACGUUGCGGCAAAAGCUGCCGUCUCCGGUGGAUUAACUAUCUCCGUCCUGAUCUCAAAAGAGGAAACUUUACCCACGACGAAGAUGACCUUAUCAUCAAGCUUCAUAGCCUCCUCGGCAACAAGUGGUCUUUAAUUGCGGCGAGAUUGCCUGGAAGAACAGAUAACGAGAUCAAGAAUUACUGGAACACGCAUAUAAAGAGGAAGCUUUUGAGCAAAGGGAUUGAUCCCGCUACUCACAGAUCGAUCAACGAACCGAAAAUUCCUAAGUCGACUAAAACAGAGGAGGACCAAGUUGUGAAAGAUGUUUGUUUUGUGACUGAGGAUCAGAAGCAAACUAAAAACCAAAAACGGAAUCGAAAUGGGUUAGUUUGCAAAGAAGAGAGAGUUGAGUACUAUCCAGUUCUUGUUGAAGAAGAAAAAUUAUGUCCAGAUUUGAAUCUUGAGCUAAAGAUCAGUCCACCAUGGCAAAACAAGAAGCAUGAUCAGAGAAGAGAGAGAGAGAUCUACACUGCGUCCCGUUUUUAUACGGAAAACGGCUUGGAAUGUAGUAGUGAUACUGCAAAAUGUCAAACGGAAGAUAGCAGUAGCAUUAGCUAUUCUUCAAUUGACAUUAGUACUAGUAGCAGCGUUGGUUAUGACUUCUUGGGUUUGAAGACAAGGAUUUUGGAUUUUCGGAGCUUGGAAAUGAAAUAA